AUGUUCAAAAAGAAGCCAACGAUCAAAAACCUAUCCCCUCUACGUUCGUCUGAUCGCAGGAAGAUCGCCGACCAAAUUAUCAAAGAUUAUCAGAUCUCCGUUCCCACAAAUUCCCAAGAAGACUCAGGGCCAACAUCAUCCAGCCUUACGUCAAUCCGAAAUGCGCUUCUCCCCGAUAACUCCCUGACAGCUCGGUUUACCACGACCGCUGGUCCAGACCUGCGCGAGCUCACAGGAAUUGUUUAUGUUGGCACACACCCGGAUGGGGAAGAACGAGUGCUUUGGUUCAAGCUUGAGCAUGGUCCCGGAGCCGAUAAGCGACUAUACCCGACUGUAUACACAUUAUGGCACAACCCCAACCUAGUGCCCCUUCUCUAUACCCCGGAGUUUGUCAUGGGCAAGCUCCAUGGCGGAGCAGACCUCAUGACCCCUGGCCUUGCAAAUGAGCCUCCCUUCCCUCAGAGAGCAGUCAAGGGUGCUGUUGUUGCGGUCGCUAGUGUGGACAAGCACUCAGUGCCUGUGUUCGUCGGCAUCUGUGAAAUAGAUGUGUCGGCUCUCGGGGAGGUGCAGGGUACUAGAGGCCAGGCCGUCCGGGGUUUGCACUGGGAAGGCGACGAGCUUUGGACAUGGAGUUCGGCGUCCCGGCCGGGUCGCCCGGCACCCGAUUACCUGGAGGGUUGGGAUGAGGAUAGAGAAGGUGAUGAGGAAGAGGAGGUUGAAGGACUUGAGGAAAUAACCCUUGAAGACAAGGGCUCUCCCGCGGAAAAUGUCGAGGAGACAGACGAACUUGAUGCGGAAGAACCUGCGGGUGAAGAUGAACCGGAGCCGACAACAAAAGAAAUUGACGACGCAUUUAUCAAUGCAUUUGUCUAUGCUCUAUACAAGCUGAAGCAAGAUAACCCUACCGCCACUACCCAUGCCCUUCAAUUGCCAAUCACACCUUCGGCGUUGGUAGCCAAUCUCAUUACACCUUACCUUCCAGUCUACACUCCCCAGCAAGUCCAGUUCUACAACAUCAAAAAGACUAGCUGGAAGAACGUGAAGAAGUUCAUGAAGCAUCUGGACAAGUUGAAGCUCGUCAAGAGCAAAGAUCGCAAUGGCCAAGAGACAGUCAUCUUGGAUGUGGACUUUGAAGAUCAACGAGUCCAGCGAUUUGUUCCAUAUCGACUUCCUUCGCCUCGUGCUUUGGAGGGUACUAAGGCAUCCUCAUCAGAGGGCAAGAAGCCCGCUGCAUCAGAUGAUUCUGACCCUUCAGUGGGCCAGACAAUCACUGUGCAAAAUCUGUACAGGCCGUCCGGCAAGUUGAUGCCCACUGUGUUCCCUGCUCUCGCAGCUGGCAACGCGAACAACUACUACAAACACUCCGAAGUUUCAUCUCAUUUGGAUCAAUACCUCACAUCCCAAGAUCCACCAAUUGUAUCCAAGGAGAAUCGAAGAAUCAUCACUUUGAACCCCUUCCUCGCCAACACCAUCUUCACCGGAUCCUCUCCCGAAGAUAAGAGCACACUUUCUCGCGGCAAGGUCACACGCGAUGGUCUUUUGAAACGCCUCAUGGAGGACAAAGCUCUCAUGCAGCCACACCAUGUGAUCUUGAAGACUGGUCAGACCAUCGCAGAUGUCAAGCCGAAAGCAGGCGCCGCACCCAAGAUUACCGUGACUCUGGAAAAGCGCACGGGAUCCAAGACUGUCACCAAGGUGGUGCACCUUGAGGUCUUUGGUGUCAUCCCUACCCUCCUGGCACAAGAGCUACAGAAGAAAUGUGCAGGUAGUACCAGUGUGACCCAGGCUACUGGGGCCCCGAAGGGUGUCAUGGAGGUAUUAGUGCAAGGCGAUCAGCGGAAGGCAAUUGAGACAGCUCUUUUGCGCCGUGGACUGAGGCCACAGUUGAUCGAAGUGGUUGAUAAGACUAAGAAGAAGAAGAACUGA